AUGUCGUCGGCGGUAGCGCUGGUACCGUUUACCUCCUCCUCUUUCUCUCCUCGCGGGGGGGAGAGUUUUGCGGCGUCCUCCUCGUCGUCGUUUACGUCGUCGUCCGCGAGGAUUGUGAUGAUGUCAUCGGGGAAGAAACACCGACGCAAUGCGCGACGAAGAGGAAGACAACGACGCAUCGUCGUCGAAGACGUCGUCGGCCUUUCUGCCGCGCGCGAGACGACGAACGAGAGAGGAGAAGAAGGAAACGGUUUCUCUUCGCCUUCGUCUUCGAGAAGAGGAAGAGAAGUCGUCGCGCGCGGGUUUUUAAGCGACUGGCUCUCCAAGAACACCACAACCGACGAUAAGAAGAAGAACAAAGACGGAAACGGAAACGAGCGAGGAGGAGGAGGAGGAGGAAGUCAAAAAAGCGUUUCAGAGAAGAAGAAGAAAACGACGUCGUCGUCGCAACAACAACAACAACGACGAAAUGGGAACGCGACGAACCCCCGGGGAAGGUCGAGCGCCUCUUCUUCUUCGUCAAACAACAAGAUAAGGAAGAAUAAACCUCCGCCGACGAAAGAGCGCUCGUUGCGAACGCACGUGGAAAGAGCGAUGGAGAAAGCGAGGAAAGCGGAGUAUCCAGCCUACGGGACGAACUCGGAUAAAGCGAUAACGAAGGCGCAGAUGAAACCGGAUUUUGGGUUGAGGAGAGAUUUGCACGAGCUGUAUUCGGUGAAGGAUUUGGACGACGAGGAUCCGAUUGGAGCGGGGAGUUACGGAAUCGUGAGGAAAGUUAUCAAGAGAGGCACGGAUGAAACGUUCGCGUUGAAGACGUUGAGGAAGGCACCGUGGGCGCAAGUUCCGAGCAGUUUAACCGCCGUGGAAUAUUAUCACUCCAAGUUGAGGAACGAGUUAGAGUGCAUGAGACAAUUAGGCGCGAGUUUGAACGUGGUGUACUUAUACGACGCGUUCGAGGACGACGACGCGGUGCAUCUGUUGAUGGAUUUGUGCGAAGGCGGGGAGUUAUUGGAGAGGAUUUCGGACGACGAGUACAGAGAGGCGGACGCGGCGCGCUUGAUUCGAGCGGUGUUAAGAACCGCGGCGCAAUGUCACUCGCGAGGGAUUGUCUUUCGCGAUAUUAAACCGGAUAACUUUUUGUUUCAAAACAACGACGAGAACGCGCCGUUAAAAGCGACUGAUUUUGGUUUAGCUGGAAAAUUACCGAAGAACCGAGACGAACCGUUAGUGAGAAGGUGCGGGACACCGUCGUACAUGGCGCCCGAGGUGAUCAAUCGAAAAUACGGCGCCGAGGCAGACGUGUGGAGUUGCGGGGUAGUGGCGUAUCAGCUGUUGACUGGACGGCUGCCGUUCCGAGAUGUGGUUAAUCAGAGACCAAACGCGAAGGAAGUUUUCCGAGCCAUCUUGGAAGACCCGUUAGAUCUCGCGGAAGCACCCUGGGAGGUCAUCUCCGAAGAGGCGAAAGAUUUCGUCGAACACUUGUUGGAACGCGACCCGAAGAAAAGACCAACCGCGCGAGCGGCGUUGUUACACCCGUGGUUGCAAACCAACGAAGCGCAGUGGAAGAGCAAACAGAGAAGGCAAGUUUCUGGUGGCGUCGCAUUAGGUGGUCAAGUCGUCGCGAGAUUGCAACGCUUCGCCACGCAAGGUUUGUUGAAAAGAUCGGUCUUGCGUCUCUUGGCGGGUGAGAUCGGGAAAGAUUUGAACGAGUUGGAAAAAAAUAGAAGAGAAAACAGCGCGGUUGCGAGCGAUAUCGCGACGAAGAAGAAAAUUAUGGUCGUCAACGGACCGAUUAAACAAUCGAAACUGACUGGAAUCGACGAGAAAGAGUUUUUAGAGUUGAAACAACUCUUCGAUCGAUUGGACACGAGCGGCGAUAACUUGGUCGAGUUGAGCGAACUCGAAGUCGGUUUGAACGAAAUCGGCUACGACGUCACCGGGAACGAAAGCGAACAACUCUUGGCCAAGUUAGACACCUCCGGCGAUGGUGUCGUCGAGCUGAACGAGUUCCUCGCCGCCUUGGUCGAUUGGGAAUCCGUCGAAAAAUCCGAAUCCUACCCGUCCUGGGUCAAACGCGCGUUCGACUUGCUCGACGAAGACGAUUCCGGUCUCUUGGACGCCAACGAAGUCGCCAACUUUGUCGUCGGCGACGCCGACGAUAUCGACUUUUCCGACGAAAAUAACGAAUCCGUCCGCCGAAACGCGCUCAUCCGAGCCUGCAUCGCCGAAGCCGACGGCGACGGCGAUGGUCAAAUCGACGUCGAAGAGUUUGCGAGUUUACUCCAAAUGGACCCGAGCGACGGCUUAGACCAGUACGAUUGGAGGUUUUCCCAAGGCGGAAGUUACGACGAUUCUUUCGACGAGAGCAUGGACGAGGAGAAAAUAGUUUCAGAGAAUAAUAAUAAUAACACCAUCGUAGAAGUUUAA